CGCGCGCCGAAGGCCUCCUCCGCUCCUCGAGCUGUGCCAGCCCUGCGGGCUGCCUCAGAGGGUGUACGAAAUCCUGCCGGAAAGGGCUGGGCCUUAACCCGCCGCGGCGCAGGGGCGGUGAGGAUCCGACCCUCUGUCACAGCGCGCCCGCUGCGGCGCAGGGGAGGGCUCCCCGUGGGGACUGGGUCCUCGCUUGGCAACAAGGCCCGGGGUUCACGUCAGCCUCUCGCAAGGCGCUGCUGUUUAUCGUAAAUGCCCUUUCUGAUUCCCUUUGAAUUCCCCCUUGUCGCUGCUGGAGUUAACCCCAUCUGUUUGCCCGGCUUCUUGGAAGGGAAAGGAGCACGCGGUGGUGCUGGUGUGCGCUGGCGUCGGCUCCCAGCAGCCACGGAGCGAAGCCGCUUUGCGACGCUGCUGGCAGGUGCUGCUGGCUUCCUCGCUUUCCUCCGACUCCUGGUUUUUCCCUCUGCAGAACUGCCUCCAGCUGCCGCAGAACACAUCCAGCCCCUUUGGUGGACCUGGGUCCUCUUUGUAGGACCAAGUCGUGGCAAAGGUGUCUUUUUCUAGCAGCAUGGAAGCAGCGCUGCGUUCUUGGGAUGAUCCGCCCAUCCUCAGCAGUCCUGCACAGCCACAUUCCUGCCUUUAGCAUGGUCACAACAGCCUUUUGUGGGGGCCCACGUGGGCAGUAGGUAGCUGGUAGCUGCGUGCUGAGUUCUUGGAGCUGGUGCUGAGGUGUAUGGAGAGAGGAGUGACACAGGAGCCAGAGCACGAUGUUCCUGGUCGGACUCUCGGGUGGAAUCGCGUCGGGGAAGAGCACGGUCGUGGCCGUACUCCGGGAACUGGGCUGUGCCGUGAUUGAUGCCGAUGUUAUUGCCAGAGAGGUGGUGCAGCCCCGCUUGAAGGCCUAUCAGCAGAUAGUGCGUUGCUUCGGCACCGGGAUCCUCUUGGAGAGCGGCGAGAUAAAUCGCGAGGCUCUAGGAAACAUUAUCUUCUCCCACCCGGAGAAACGGCGGCUGCUGAACGCCAUCACCCACCCCGAGAUCCAGAAGGAGAUGCUGAAGCAGGUCUUGAAGUACUUUGUGCUGGGCUACCGCUAUGUGAUCCUCGACAUCCCCCUGCUCUUUGAGACCAACAGGCUGACGAAGUUUAUGAAGCACACUGUCUUGGUUUACUGCGACCCGCAGACUCAGCUGUCGCGGCUGAUGAAGAGGAACGGGCUGUGCCAGGCCGAGGCCGAAGCCCGCGUCGCCUCCCAGCUGCCGCUGGACGAGAAGCGCAAACUGGCGAGCCACGUCAUCGACAACUCCGGGGACCGCGAGAGCACGCGCCGGCAGGUCCUGAGGCUGCACGCCCGGCUGGAGGAUUCCCUGGACUUCCUCUGGGCACGGCUGGCGGUGGGAGCGGCUGUGGCUGGCCUUGGAGGGCUGGUGUACCUCCUCCUCCGGCACUUCAUCUCUUAAGCCACCUUUUUUAGGGGCAUUUUUUUUUUUUUUUUUGUCUUUGAAGGGCCUGGAUUUCCAGGUUUGAAAAGGGCAGCGAAAGGCCACCUGUUUUAAUGAGCUUUGCCAGCUGAAUGCAGACAGGGGGGUGAGGCGUCUCCUUGCAGCCUUCCCAAGGUGAAUACGAGUUUUCUUCCA